AUGGCUAAUGACUAUUUCAGCUCUGAUCCUGAUUGGGAAGCGUUCGCCUCCAAGCAUGGUUACCCACUUCCGACAGGGGCUGAGCCAGCCCCCUUGGAAACUAUCGAACCAAUGGAACUCGACGUUGAGGCGGCGAGAGCCCACCAAGCCACCGACCAUACGCAAUGGACAGAAAAGCAUCCUCUCGACUCUAUCGGCUACGUGGCACGUCUUGCAACGGUCACAACUCGUGAUGGAACCGAACUAAGUGUCAAGAUUUCAUAUCCCGAUACUGCUCGCCUUCGUACCAGGGGGCCAAAACCAUUACCGGUCCUGUUUGUCACCCACGGCGGAGGUUGGAUCCAAGGCAGCCAUACCUCCGAGGAAGCGUGGCUCCUGUGGCCUCUAUACAAUCAUUUCGAUCUCGCUAUCGUCAGCGUCAACUAUCGCCUAGCUCCAGAACAUCAGUAUCCUACCUGGAUCGAUGAUUCGUGGGAUGUGCUUCAGAAGUUGCUAUCGGGGAACGAGCCUAUCUUCACUACGCUGGAUAUUAAGUUACACACCCAUAACAUCAUCCUGGCCGGCUCCUCUGCUGGUGCAGAAAUCAGCGCCUCACUUUCGCAAACUUGUCGUGACAAGGGCAUUCCGAUAUCUGGCGUUAUUCUCAACGUUCCCGUCCUCUGCGACUACCGGCAUUUCCCAACACAAGAUGCGUUUACUUCAUACGCGCAAGCUGCGGACACGUUUCUGAGCUCCCGUGCUAUGAUGUGGGUCUGGAACACAGUGCAUCCGUCUCCUGCAUCUAGCGCUGAGCCGAAAGCUUCACCAUUGCUUGGAGACUUGACCAAUCUCCCGCGCCACUUGAUCUUUGUGGCCGGCCAGGACGCACUUCGAGAUGAAGGUAUCGCCUAUGCUCGAAAUUUGGAGAGCUCAGGUGUUCAGGUUGAUUUGGAGAUUUACAAGGGCGUUCCUCACAAUUUUGCAGAGUUUUGGGAAUUGCAGGCCACCAAGAGGUUUUGGGAGGAUAUCACAAGGCUUCUUCGACAGUGGCUGCGAGUAGCGUAA